CGAGAAGGAGGGGGUGUCUGUGUUCGGGAUCAGCGCGGGGAAGUUUUCAUUCUACGGACUAGAAACAUUAGAGAAGCAACGCCAACAAGAAAGGCAUUAGACAAAGGCAAGGAAGCCAGUAAUGGAACCGGGAAGAAAGAAGAUCAGCCUAUGCAGCCUCAACUUACUUUACAAGAUAUUUCAAAUUUAUUGGACGAAAUAUUGGAUGAAAAUCUUGACAAAAGAUUCGCUGGAUUGGAAGUAUUGUUGAAGGAAAUCAAAGGUAAAAUGAAAGCACUUGAAAAAGAGAAAGAAAAACAACAACGGCAAAUUUCUGAGCUCAUUGAAGCUGGGGAAACAGAGAGAUUCCAGACUGGAUUCUUUUGAAAAGAAAUUAAAUUCAACUAUUUGUACUUUGGAACAGUAUAAAGCCAAGAUUAUUGAUUUGGAGAGUCGCAGACAUAAUAUGCGAAUAAUAGGACUCAGUGAAGACAUCGAGAGUGGGAACCUUACUGAAUUUUUUUCUCAAUUCUUAAUGGAAGUUUUUGGUCCCGAAGUCCUUAACUCCCCUCCGGUAUGGAUUGCGCGCAUAGAUCGUUGAAAGCAAAACUAUCGUAAGAAUUAAAACUGUGUCAUGUAAUUCUCUAAUUUCAAUAUGUGAGCACCAAGGAGCACUUACUUCGAUUUUCUCGUCGUAAAGGAGCAUCAAAAUCUUAAAUUUUGUUUGGUUGAAGAUUAUUGUCCUGAGGAAGUUCUGAAGAAGCCAGAAUCUGAGGAAGAGGAUGAGCAUUUCAAUCAUUGACUUUGGCUCAUUUGCCUUGGGUAAAGCUGAACCCUCAGACAAUGAAAUGAAACGAUUAUCCACAGAGUUCAUGAGGGAACUAAAUAAAAAUGGAUUUGUUUACCUCAAAAACACUGGGAUAAAAGAAGAGCAAGUGUUUAGAACAAUGGACAUCAGCACGAAGUUCUUCCUACUUCCUAAGAAGACUAAACAACAAUAUGCCAUUUCAAAUGACUCUGACAUUCCACACCAUGGAUGGUAUGAUUUGGAGACUGAGAGAUUAAACAAAGAAGAUAACAUUGAACUGAAAGAAGCCUUUAAUUUAUCAGCUUUGACUUCAAAUGAUAAGUGGCCCAUCAAAGAGGCUCCUGAGUUUUCAAAUUCGAUGGAGACAUUCUUUAGAACCUGUCAGGAGUUAUCUACUAGAAUUUUGAAAGUUCUGGAACUGAGCCUGGGUAUGGAGACUGAUUUCUUUGUCAGCAAGCACCUAAAGAUGGGCACUAUAACAAAUUCUACAACCUUGCGGACUUUAAAUUACCCACCAAUACAGAAAUCUUCUCUGGAGGCAUAUCAGACACGGUGUGGGGAACAUUCUGAUUUUGGAACAUUCACUCUACUUUUCCAAGAUAAAAAUGGAGGAUUGGAGGUAAAGUCCAGGUCUGGCCAGUACAUCACUGCUCCCUACAUUCCAAAUACAGUUCUGUUCAAUGUAGCCAACAUCCUGCAGAGGUGGACAUCUGACAGGUGGAUUUCCACAAAACAUCGAGUACCAAUUCCACAGACUGAAGACGCAAUGAACAGGACCAGACAGUCCCUGGCUUUCUUUGUUCACCCAUCUCAUGAUGCAAUAAUCGCAUGUUGUGAUGGCCUGGAUAAAUACCCACCCAUCUCUUCUAUCCAGUACCUAAAGGAUAAUCAUAGCAAUUUUUUUUCCAAAGAAUCCUAUCCAACUAUUGUUUGAAUGGGAUAGCGACUUACAGACAUCUAUGUGGCUUUGAAAUUGCAGUAAAAGUUACCAAAUGAUUUCUUAAUAAAGCAUUAAUGCACGUAUUCAACACAUUUUUCCAACAUAUUGUCUGCAUAUGCAGGUUUUAUCUUUUGUCAAAUUUCUUAAGUAUUUAGUGUUUUGGUUUAUGUUUCUUCAUAGGCAUUUCUAUUGUGGAACUAAAGAAAGGAGAAAAAAAUCAAAGCUAUUUUAUAUAUAUCAUUUGGCUUUCUUGUAAUUCUUGAAAGACCUGCUGUCUUAGCUGCAGAAGAUGAAGGGCUCAUUUGCCCAACCCGACAACUCUCCACCAUUUCAUGGUAAAUGGUGGUCACAACUCACUUUCCUCAGUAUUCUUCAACAAAAUUGCUAAAUCCCUCACUGAGUGCAGCAAAAUGACUUCAUGGUGCAGUCAUUUGGUGUUCUUGUAACCAACUCACAUAUACUGACAUUGCUCAGCAUUGUACUAUCUUUCCACUGAGGGAAUGCUCACAUCUGCACAGGCCCUAAAUAAUACCACAGCUGAGAAAGGCCAUCGGGAUUUCAAACUAAAUAAUUUAGGAGAAAGAAGAAGCUUGAGAAAGGCUACAAAUAUAUUUAAAAAUAAACUCUUAAGAUCAGCUUCUGCUACCAUUUAAUUAUUUGCCCCCAAAUACUCUGGAUUGUUGUCUGGUUCUGUACACCAUUAUUAUUUCAAUAUGGAAUACUAUCCAUUUUUUGUGGAUGAUAUUCUUCAGAUUUACUCACUACCCAUCUCUCCCCAUCACUCUGGAGGCCAGAUUUUCAUUGAUCCUGAUGAAGGCUUGGCUCCCUCUCAGUUUGAGAGAUUCAGCACUUGGCCAGCUAUUUCAAUUGAUGAACCCCCGGCAGGAAAUCCCAUUUCCCAGCAGCACAGCGCAGCACAACUGGCUUUUUGGUGACUGUGGAGUAGGAAAGUCACUGACUUAAUGAAUGGUAAGUAUCUCCAUCAACACAGUAGCAUUCCGACUGACUGUCGCUGGAUUGGACAAUCCAGCUCAAAAUUAUAGGAGAUGAAGGCAAAAUGAAGAGUCUUCAAAACAUUUAUUCAACACAGAAAAUUUUACUAGUAUUUGAAAAACAAUUUCCCUUUUCCUUUCAAACCAUAUGUAUUUGUUCAGUCUAUUUGUAGAAGUUUGAUUUUAAAAUGCUAAAAUAGGUCACUUUGACUACAACAAAUAGCAGGAUUUAGCCAUGUUUUUUCUUGAAUGGCAAUAAAAGACUUUGCAUUUAUAUCGUACAUUUUUCAUCCCUAUGAGGACACACCCCCCCCAAAGUCAGAAACACAUUUUACAGCUGUCAUAAACACAACACACAAGGCUUCCACAAACAACUGUGUGAUAAUCUAAUUUUAAUGAUGUUGUUUGAGCGAUAAAUUCUGCCACUUUCUCUUUGAAAUAGAGCCACUGAACCUUUUAAAGGGCAAAAACGGCUCAAGUUACUUGUCUCAUCUGAAAGAUCCCUGGCAGUGCAGUCCUCAAUGCUACACUCAGUCACUGGAAUUUCAUGUUCUGUCUGUGUGACGGGUUGCGAACACACCUUGUGAUUAAUGAGUGUGUCCUGCAAAGUGAGCUAUGGCAGACACCAGAUAAUAUAAUCUGAGGUCCAUGAAAACAGCGGUCCUGCAAAUCUCCCAACUGCAAGAUCCGAUGAAAUAGACAGAUUUCUAUGUAACAAUAUGCAUGCAUGAAAGUAUAGAUUGUGAAUAAAUUUUUCAUUAUAAUUGA